GACAGGGAUUUCUAUUUCGCGGAGCAGCGCUUUUUCUGACGUCUAACCGCUUCCAGACGGAGGGAAGGGGAAAGAAACGGGACUGAUUUCGCUUUAAAGCUGGCCGAUUUUAAAUCCGCCCCAAAAAACCAUCCUGUUUCUUUUUAUUGGUAUUAUUUAUGUCCUAUCACUUGUGUGUAGUGAUGUCCUGCGAGGAUGAUGUCUAAGCUGAGGGACGCGCUGUGCUGAUUGGAUUCGGACCACACUGGGAAUAUCUCUGAAUCAAUAUCUCAGCAUUAUCAGUAAUAACUGGAGAAAUGUGAGUACCAACAGUUGGCUUUGAGGUCCAGUUAGGCUUUUAUUUACCAAACCAAAGGGGCUGGGGAGGGAGGGCUUUCAGCCCAUGCACAGGUUGUCAUAGCAUCCAAUUAAUAUUUUCAAUCUACCACAGGAGCUUUAGUUUGGACAAUGUGUUCGUUUUCCAAUACCAUCCCUCAGCUCAGGUUGGGUUAAUUCAGGUUCUCACAGUGAGUUGAAAGCAGCAGUAUUCACACACUGAGAUUUAGAUUACAGUCAUGGCUAAAAAUCCCUCAGAGGGGGCCAAAGAUGACCUGAGCCAGAUGACUGAUGAUGACCUGCUGCGGUUCAGCAAAGAGGAGCUGGUGAGGAAAUUAAGGAAGGUGGAUGUGGAGAAAAUGAACUUGAUGAUUGAGCAUGGCAACAUGAUGAAAGACAUCAACCGACGGCUGCAGCUGCACCUGCAUGAGAUCAGGAGUCUGAAAGAGGUCAACCAGAAGCUGCAGGAUGACAACCAUGAGCUCCGGGAGCUCUGCUGCUUCCUGGAUGAUGACAGGCAGAAGGGCAAGAAGCUGUCCAGGGAGUGGCAGCGCUUCGGCCGCUACACUGCCAGCGCCAUUUGGAAGGAGGUAGGUGCCUACAUGAUGAAGCUAAAAGAGCUGGAGGCCAACCAGGAGAGUGUGCUGAGGGAGAACUCUGAGCUGAAGGAGAUCAUCCUCAUGCUGGAUGAGGAGAGGAACGGGGCUGGCUCCAGGAGCUCCAUAGACAGCCAGUCUAGCCUCAGCAACCUGAACGGUGGAGCUGGGACAGUCAGAGAUGUUGGAGAUGGAAGCAGCACGUCCAGCACAGGGAGCGCCGGCAGCCCAGAUCACCACAACCAUGUACACAAACCCUCAGAGAACAGUAAGAUGCCCACCAUGAGGAGGUCAAUGGAUGAUCUGUCUGCACCCCAUCACCACAGGAGCAUCCCUAAUGGAUUGAACGAUUCCUCCACCAACUACAUCAGGCAGCUGGAGACGAAGGUCCGGAUAUUGGAGGACGAUAACAAUAAGCUCCUCUCUCAGGCCCAAAACCGCUAUAGCUUAUCACAGAUACAGAUGAAACAGGCCCAAAACCGCUAUAGCUUAUCACAGAUACAGAUGAAACAGCAGUGUAACCCAGGUGACCUUCGAGCCCUGAGGAAGGGAAUGACGCUGUACCACUCCGAGUCCCAGCUGUCCUCACUGCCCCAGCGCCAGGAGGCCAUGCACAUGGGAACAAACCGUCUACCAACCAGUGAAUCGUCUCCAGCCACCGGCUACCUGUCCUGCGUCCAGAAGCCUGAGGCAGUGGUGCACGCCAUGAAGGUUCUAGAGGUCCACGAGAAUCUGGACAAGCAGACUCCUAAGGACUAUGAGGACGAUCUCAGUGAGAAGGAGAAGGCCAUCGUGCGAGAGAUGUGCAACGUGGUGUGGAGAAAACUGGGCGAUGCCGCAGGAUCAAAAAUGUCCAUCAGGCAGCAUCUCUCUGGGAACCAGUUCAAGGGCCCGCUGUAACACGGCAGCCGACGACGCAACCGAUCCACACUUACCUGGGAUAACGCCACCUUACUACCUGCCUAGACGACCCGUCACGCCGUGCUCCCCCACUGCCGACGAAGCUCAGCUUCCCUGCAGCAAACACUCUCUAUAGAAGGCUACAGAAUGAACAAUGUAGUCCGGUAGUUACAUGUACAGUCAAAAUGUACUCUUUCCUAACCUGUCAAUGGUAAAGUUGACUACUGGCAGCUAGUUUGGCCAAUUACUUUUUAUCCACAGACACACACCCGCUUUUAGCUUCUUAUUUAAGAGCAUAGCUGCUCUCUUAUGAGCCAGCGGUG